CGGGCACCGGGCAGCUUGAUCCCCAGCCCAUAUAAAGAAGCAAAGGAAAAAUGCUAAGAGAAAACGCAAAUUGAAGAAUGGCGUGGAGGGGACAGCUCUCGCGAAAUCUCAAGGAGCUUCGCAUCCUUUUCUCUCCUAAUACUCCCUCCAGUUCUGCUACCAGAUCUUUCAUCGAGAAUAAUUACAAGGAUCUGAAGACCAAAAACCCUAGACUUCCGAUUCUCAUCCGUGAGGCCACUGGCAUUGAACCGCAGCUUUGGGCUAGAUAUGACAUGGGCGUGGAGAGAGGAAUUCGCUUGGAGGGUUUAAAUGAAGAGCAGAUAUCUAAGGCACUAGAGGAUCUUGCUAAAGGAGGAGCAUCCCGGUAAAGGAUGUCAACUGCUUUCCUUUCCGACACUUCUUUUUCUGGAAACAAUAAAAUUCCACCUGGUAUCUUCUUUUAGCUGAUCAUCUCUAUCAUUUUAAUGAUGAACCUAGUGGAACUAAUGUAAUUCUCUACUAUUGUCGACCUUUGAUGGAAUCUGUUCUGUGAAAACAGUUUUUCUUUUUU